CUCGAAAGAAACCCGGAGAGACGCGUCGGUGGCGCACUUCCGGCGCUGUAAGCAACGAAGAUGGCUGCGUCCCAGCAGCAGGCUGCUGCGGCUUCGUCGGCUGCCGGAGUGUCGGGCCCGGGUUCGUCUGGUGGCCCGGGUCCCCAGCAGCAGCCGCAACCAUCAGCACAGCUGGUGGGGCCUGCCCAGGGCGGGCUUUUGCAGCAACAGCAACAGGACUUCGAUCCAGUGCAGCGUUAUAAGAUGCUUAUCCCGCAAUUGAAGGAGAGUCUGCAGACCUUGAUGAAAGUUGCAGCCCAGAACUUGAUUCAGAACACUAACAUUGACAACGGACAAAAGAGCAGUGACGGACCUAUACAGCGCUUUGACAAGUGUCUGGAGGAGUUCUACGCACUCUGUGACCAGCUGGAGCUCUGCCUGCGCCUGGCACAUGAGUGCCUGUCCCAGAGUUGUGACAGCGCCAAGCACUCUCCGACGCUGGUGCCCACGGCCACCAAACCGGACGCGGUGCAGCCUGACAGCCUGCCCUACCCACAGUACCUGGCCGUCAUCAAAGCCCAGAUUGCCUGUGCCAAGGACAUUCAUACCGCUCUGCUGGACUGUGCCAACAAGGUCACGGGCAAGACACCUGCACCGCCUACAGGCCCUGGGGGCACCCUGUGAGCUGGCAGAGCUGGGGGUGGGGCAGGCAGUAGGGAAGGGGACAGGGAGGGAAUGAAGAGUACCUCAAAGACAACCUGUCUUGACUUUUCUUGCCUGCCCAAGCUCUGUGGCCAGAGCCAGCAGGGGGCAGCAGAGGCUGACGGGGAGCUUGGAGGGCGGAGCCUCUGCCCCGGGCCCUGCCCCCGCCCCCCCCCAGCCUAGUUGCACUUUGGACUGCUUGUUGAUGCCCUCUGCCAGGGGCUCUCCCUCAGCCUGGCCUGGGCGAGGAUCCCUGGCCUGCCUCUGUCCUUCAGUCCUUCCUGAUUCUGUCCAUUUUGGAGUGGUCUCUUUGAUUUUCUUCCCUUUUCUAGCUGUCCCUCUAUGUUUCUAAGACAUAUGUCUGUUCCCUAUCUCAGUCUCUCGCUCUCUCACUUAGUCUCUUUUUGUCUCUUUCUCUCUGCCUCUGUGGUCCUGUCUCCCUGUUUCUGACCAUCUCUAUCCUAACACUGUUUUGCUAUCUUCUGCCCCCA